GCGAGAGACUGCCGGGCGCAUGCGGCGGCGCCGGCUCACUGGCUGCCCGCGGCCCCGCGCGUCCCUCGCCCAGCGCCCCCGCCGACGGCAGGCCUGCGAGCCGGCCUCAGGUCAAAAAGUAAAAUGAAGUACAUUCUAGUCACUGGUGGUGUUAUAUCAGGAAUUGGAAAAGGAAUCAUCGCCAGCAGCAUAGGCACCAUACUGAAGUCAUGUGGUUUACAUGUAACUUCAAUUAAAAUUGACCCAUACAUUAACAUUGAUGCGGGAACAUUCUCUCCUUAUGAACAUGGUGAGGUUUUUGUGCUGGAUGACGGUGGGGAAGUAGACCUCGACCUGGGGAACUAUGAGCGCUUCCUUGACAUCCGCCUCACCAAGGACAAUAAUCUGACGACUGGAAAGAUCUACCAGUACGUCAUUAACAAGGAACGCAAAGGAGAUUACUUGGGGAAAACCGUCCAAGUUGUCCCUCACAUCACAGAUGCAAUCCAGGAGUGGGUCAUGAGACAGGCAUUAAUACCUGUGGAUGAAGAUGGCCUGGAGCCUCAAGUGUGCGUUAUUGAGCUCGGUGGAACAGUGGGAGAUAUAGAAAGCAUGCCCUUUAUUGAGGCCUUCCGUCAGUUCCAGUUCAAGGUCAAAAGAGAGAACUUUUGUAAUAUUCACGUCAGUCUGGUUCCUCAGCCAAGUUCAACAGGAGAGCAGAAGACUAAACCCACCCAGAAUAGUGUGCGGGAACUCAGAGGGCUCGGGCUUUCUCCAGAUCUGGUUGUGUGCAGGUGCUCAAACCCUCUUGACACGUCAGUGAAAGAGAAAAUAUCGAUGUUUUGCCACGUUGAACCUGAACAGGUGAUCUGUGUCCACGAUGUCUCAUCUAUCUACCGAGUUCCCUUGUUAUUGGAGGAGCAGGGGGUCGUAGACUAUUUUCUCCGGAGACUUGACCUUCCAAUCGAGAGGCAGCCACGGAAAAUGCUGAUGAAGUGGAAAGAGAUGGCAGACAGAUACGAUCGCUUGCUGGAGACCUGCUCUAUUGCCCUUGUGGGAAAAUACACCAAGUUCUCGGACUCCUAUGCCUCUGUCAUUAAAGCUCUGGAGCAUUCUGCACUGGCCAUCAACCACAAGUUAGAAAUCAAGUACAUAGAUUCUACGGACCUGGAGCCGAGCACGUUGCAGGAGGAGCCCGUGCGCUACCACGAAGCGUGGCAGAAACUGUGUAGUGCUCAUGGAGUGCUGGUUCCAGGGGGAUUUGGUGUUCGGGGGACGGAAGGAAAAAUCCAAGCAAUCGCCUGGGCUCGGAAACAGAAGAAGCCUUUUCUGGGUGUAUGUUUAGGAAUGCAGUUGGCGGUGGUUGAAUUUUCAAGAAAUGUGCUGGGAUGGCAAGAUGCCAAUUCUACGGAGUUUGACCCUAAGACCAAUCAUCCUGUGGUCAUAGACAUGCCGGAGCACAAUCCCGGGCAGAUGGGCGGAACCAUGCGGCUGGGCAAGAGGAGAACCCUGUUCCAGACCAAGAACUCGGUCAUGAGGAAGCUCUACGGAGACCCGGACUACCUGGAAGAGCGGCACCGCCACAGGUUUGAGGUGAAUCCAGUCUUGAAGAAGUGUUUGGAAGAGCAGGGCCUGAAGUUCGUUGGCCAGGAUGUUGGGGGAGAGAGGAUGGAGAUCGUGGAGCUGGAGGAUCAUCCCUUUUUCGUUGGGGUUCAGUACCACCCGGAGUUUCUGUCCAGGCCCAUCAAGCCUUCGCCUCCGUACUUUGGGCUCCUGCUGGCCUCCGUGGGGAGGCUCCCGCAUUACCUCCAGAAGGGCUGCAGGCUCUCGCCCAGGGACACCUAUAGCGACAGGAGUGGCAGCAGCUCCCCGGACUCUGAAAUCACUGAGUUGAAGUUCCCGUCCAUAAAUCAUGACUGAUGGUCACGGGCGAUCUUCGGGAGAGCCUUCGGACUCUGAGAGUUUACAGCUUUGAUUUUACACUCAGCUUUUGACACUUCCUUUAAAUUAUGUUUUUAUUAAGAUUAUUUUAUUAUGGGGCAAAGGUAUUUGGAAGACUUUGUGACUCAUGUGGCCCAUCCUGUGUGUCGGCCCCUGACAGCGUGCGCCCGGCAUCCACACCCCACGUGGGCCCCGCCGCACUCGGCCGAGGAGGAGGAAGAGGAGGAGGAGGAGGGCGGCCCCUGGGCGGGAGUGGAGGAUGCCCCUGCUGGGGGAGCGCCCGUCGGUCACCUUGUUUCUCCAACUACCUCCCGUCGUCGUGGAUUCACGUGGGUAGCCGUGGUUUCCCUGGAAGGCCGAGGCCGAGGCCAUAGGAGGCGCCGCGCAGACCCAGUGCCCGGAGGGACAGCUCAGGACGCUCUGUGCUGGUAGCCGGAGGGCAGCGCCGCCCCCGGGAGCAGUGAGAGGACGGGGCCUCGGUGCCCACGGUGGCCGGCGGGGACGGUUCGUUCGGUGUCUGCAGCGUGGUUUCUGAAUCCCCGUCCUCUGGCCACGCCUCUCCUCCUGGGGCUGGGCCGUACUCCUUGCAUCAAGGGGUUGCUUAAAAAAAAGAACAAAGCAUCUUUGGGGGAAACUGCCUCUAGAAGCCUCUCCUGUACCGACAGCUUUGCCUGAGGGGAGCUCUUGCUUCCAGAACGGUGUUACUGCAGCUGAAACGCAAUCCGAAAGCUAUUUUCUUAUCGUGGUGCAUCAACAGGCACCGCGGUGCCCGCUACCCCUAGCCAGACUCCGUGUAUUCUCUAACUUAAGAAAUAAAUGACACAGAACGGGA